GAAGACGUAAGGUUGCUAAAAUGUCCAUCGCCCAGGCAGCAGCCAAGGCCAUGCUCUCUGAUGCCCUGCUGCAGGACAGGUCAGGGAUCUACAGGAUCAACCAUCUGGAACUAGAGCUUCCUUUAGACAAGGUCAUCAAGUAUGUGUCUGUUGGUCUCCCACUCAUGUUGGUGUGUAUGGCCUUCACUCGCGAGCUCUCCCUGGGGCCUCAGAUCAGCUGUUUCACACCUAGCAACUUCACAGUUAAACAAGCCAGCUAUGUAGACAUGUACUGCUGGGACACUCUCAUGCAUCACGAGUUUGACAGUGAUGGGAAUUUUGAGGAGCGCUCACUUUGGAUGCACAAAAUGUUUCCUUACUCUCUCCUGAUCAUGGCGGUCUUGAUGUACCUGCCAGGUCUAAUCUGGCGCUUACUUGUCACGCCAACUCUAAGCACAGACUUGUUGUUCAUAGCUGAUGAACUGGACAAGUCAUACAACCGCUCAGUCCGACUGGCUCAAAUCAUUCUGGAUCUGCACCAGAACACUAAGAAUCCACUUACUUUUCAGGCAGAACUUCAGAGGUAA